AAAUUUUUCUGUUUUAUUACUACUUUGUUUUAUUUGAAUAUUUUUUAGAAACAAAACUAAAAUAAACAGGAUUUUGCACUAUUUUAUACUAUUACACUAUUUUAAAUAUAAAAAUUUAUAUUCGUAGUUUCAUUUUAGAAAUGGCGAAUUCUAAUUAUUUAGAUAUAUUCGAUAUAUUAGUAUCAAAUGAAAAAGUUCCUUGCAAAACUUUACAGGAAUUGCCAAAAAUGGGAUUUUUAGACCCUUCAGCAACAGAAGAUGAUUUAAAAAUUGGUUCAAAUGUCGAAAUUCCAUUGUGGCUGGCAGAAACUCUAUAUUCUAGAAGACCUUCAUUAGUUAGUAUAGACUUGCCAAAGAUAUAUAAGGAUACUUACAGGGAAAUUCUUAAUGCUGAUGCUUGUACGAUUGAUUUGCAUAAAUUUGCUCAGUACUUUUAUGAACUAGGUUGUUAUAUAGCAAAAUAUGAUAUUAAAGGCGGGGUGGCCACAACUCUUGUUAAUACAUAUAAACAAAGAUUUAGAAUGUUGCUGGCAGCAAGUGUGUCCCAUGAUUCAAUUGGUACAAUGCAACCUUUGUCAGCAAGUGAACGUGAAAGAGCAAUAGCAGCUGCCACUACUGAACAUGCCUUGUUGGGUUGGCUACAAAGAGGCGAUUCACUUCUCACAACAGCCUGUAUGGUAGCAAAUCAUCGGAAACGUAAAAGAGCAGAAAUGGAAAUGUUGUAAUUAAUACAAAGUAGCAGGUUUAUUGUGGACUACUUUGUUAGUAAUUUAUUUUAGUACUAAUGUUCUAUAAUAAGUUUAAUAUUUUCAUUUAUUCAUAUACAUAAUUUUAAUUAUAAAUAUGUGUUGUCUAUUCCAUUGAUUCAGUCUAUUUUUA